UUCCGAACGUAGCCGCCGUGCGUCGUGACGCAUUUCGGCCUCGUUACCGCAGUUUCCCUCCUCGUUGUGCAACGAAAAGCCGCAGUUUCGGAAAAAGAACAUUACAAUCUAAUCCAGUUUAGAGACGUCGACCCAAUUUACACCCAUAUUGUGACUGGAUCAAAAUACACGUAUUGUAUUGAACAAUCUUAUUUACGACAUAUGCAGUCCUGCUAGCAGGAGAAGAUGUUCAACAAGUCAUUUGGUGCUCCUUUCGGGGGAGGGACCGGAGGAUUUGGAACUUCAUCCACGUUUGGACAACAAAACACUGGCUUUGGGGCGACGACAGGUGGCUUCGGGGCCUCAGCAUUUGGGGCUACCAACAACACUGGAGGACUCUUUGGUGCGACGCAGAAUAAACCAGUGGUGACAGCCAAUCCUCAACAAAUCCACACUGGUGCAGGUAGAGGAGGUGGCCUGUUUGGUUCCAGUACGUUCAGCCAGCCCGUAACGUCGUCCACCAGUAGCGGCUUUGGGUUUGGCACGGCCAGCGGCACGUCCACUAGCCUGUUCGGCAGCACCAACACGGGCGGCGGUGGAGGACUCUUCUCCCAGCAGAGCAAUGCUUUCGGAGCCGCCAAACCAGCCUCCUUUGGCACUUUUGGCACGAGCACGGCCAACACCGGGGGGCUGUUUGGGGCGACCAACUCCAACCCCUUCGGAGGGGCGUCUGCCUCCCUGUUCGGAGCUUCAGGGUUCACCCAGCAAGCCGCUCAGCCAGGCACCACUGUCAAGUUCAACCCUGCAACAGGAAGUGACACCAUGGUGAAAGGGGGUGUGACCACGAGCAUUAACACCAAGCACCAGUGCAUCACAGCCAUGAAGGAGUACGAGAACAAGUCACUGGAGGAGCUGAGGUUGGAGGACUACCAAGCAGGAAGGAAGGGCCCCACUAACCCCAUGGCUGCACCAACAGGGGGGCUCUUUGGGACUGCGGCCGCAGCCACCCCCAGUACGGGGGCUGCAGGGUUGUUUGGCUCCUCGGCCACCAACACAGGCUUCUCCUUCGGCCAGGCCAAAACCAACUUCGGCACCAGUACUGGUGGGUUUGGUACAGCCACAGGCAGUCUGUUUGGCCAGCAGCAACAGCCCCAGCAGGCCCAGCAGGCAGCUAGCCUGUUCAAGCCCUUCGGUCAGGCCACAACCACACCUAACACAGGAUUCUCCUUUGGCAACACCAGCACCAUGGGCCAGCCCCAACAAACCAGCACCAUGGGGGGUCUGUUUGGGAGCACUGCGGCGUCCCAGGCAGGGGGGUUGUUUGGAAACACAGCUCAGACCACACCAGCCACAGGCUUUGGGACAGGCACCGGUCUCUUCGGACAAACCAACACCGCCUUCGGGAACGUCGGCACACAGCAGAGCUUGUUUGGUAAUAAGACGGCAGGGUUUGGCGCCACCACCACCAGCGCCUCGUCGUUUGGCACAGGCACCGGCCUCUUUGGUAACAAAUCCGCCCUCACCCUCGGAACAGGCACCAACCCAUCUAACUUUGGUUUUGGACCCACUGCUGCUGGCGGAAGCCUCUUUGGGAACAAGACGGCAGCAGGAGGACUGGGGACCGGACUGGGAGCUGGCUUUGGAGCAGCGGUGGGCACUGGGCAGAUGUCUCUGUUUGGGAAUAACAAGACACUGGGUUCCACUCUGGGAACAAUAGGAGCGUUUGGACCGCAGGGAUUCAGCACAGGAACCAGCACUCUGGGCUUCGGAGCACAACAACAGCCUGUUGCGCUGACGGACCCUAACGCGGCGGCGGCCCAGCAGGCAGUGCUGCAGCAGCAGAUCAAUGCUCUGGCCUACUCCCCCUUUGGUGACUCCCCCCUCUUCAGAAACCCCCUCUCUGACCCCAAAAAGAAGGAGGAGCGUCUAAAGCCCACCAAUCCGGCGGCCCAGAAGGCGUUGACCACGCCCACUCACUACAAGCUGACGCCGCGGCCUGCAACACGUGUGCGGCCCAAAGCUCUGACAUCUUCGGGCUCCUCCAAGUCUCAGCUGUUUGACGGGCUGGAUGAUGACGAGCCUUCUCUCACCAAUGGAGCCUUCAUGCCCAGGAAGAGCAUCAAGAAGCUGGUGCUGAAGAACCUGAAUGGCAGCAGCCUGUACAGUAGCCCAAUCAACAGAGACACAGAUGACCUGGCAUCUCCACCGGAGUACCCCCUCAACGGACUCAGUGCCAGUGUGGAUGAGGAUGAUUAUGUGAGGGAGGUGGUGGAGGGAGGGGCCGAGGAUGACCUGGAGAUCAACAAGUUCUACACCAAGCCCAGCCUGCAGGACACCAUCUCAGAGCUCAAUGCCCAUAGGGUGGGGGCCAGGGGCAGGAAUGGCCUGGAGGUGAGCAGCGAGGACAUAUCGCUGGGAGAGGACUCUAUACAGGAGGAGCGAGAGGAGGAGGUGCAGGAGGUUCCCCCACACCCUGCAGGUAUCGUUCUGUGCCGUGUGGGCUACUAUACCAUCCCCGCCAUGGACGAGCUGGCCAAGAUGGUGGACGAGAACGGCGUGUGUGUGGUGGAGAACUUCACCGUGGGCAGAAAAGGUUACGGCUCAGUGUUUUUCCAUGGCGAGGUGAAUGUGACUGGGCUGAACCUGGAUGAGAUUGUUCACUUCAGACGCAAAGAGGUUAUCGUCUACCCCGACGACAAGAACAAGCCUGCUGAGGGGGAGGGGCUCAACAGGCGAGCGGAGGUGACUCUGGAUGGAGUGUGGCCUAAUGAUAAGACCACUUGUACUCAGAUAAAGAACCCUGAGCGUCUGUCUGAGAUGAACUACGAGGGCCGUCUGGAGAACGCCUCACGCAAACAGGGCGCCCGCUUCCUUGAGUACCGCCCCGAGACCGGCUCCUGGGUGUUUGAAGUGGCCCACUUUUCUAAGUAUGGCCUGCAGGACUCUGAUGAGGAUGAGGAAGUGCCUCUCAAAGUGGACCCCAAGAAGCUGAAGACGGCCACAACACUUCCCCCGGGGCUGCAGCAGCUUCCUCCCUCCCAGCAGCAGGUGGCGCCACAGGCUCAGUCCACGGCUGUGCUGGAGCUGCUGAGCCGCAUGUCUGAGGUGGACAGUGAUAUGGCCGACAUUACCCAGGAUGCCCCAGGGGAGAGCAUGUUGGAGGAGGUUGGGGAGAGCAGCAUGGGGGAGGAUAAGGGCAGUCGGCUGGGUACUGUGACCCCCACAGAACAUAACCCUGUCUCUGCAUCCAGUCAGAUUGCCUCCUCGAUGGGAAUCAACCCACACACUCUCCAGAUCAUGAAGGCAUCUCUGUUUGCUGAGGAUGAUGAUGGUGACAUGUUCCUUGAGCAGGGAGGGAUGAAGAGCUCUCUAGACAGGGCCUCCCCUCGCAUCCUCCUGCCUGGCACUCAGGGCAGGCCCUCCAUCGGUGGUCUCUUGCAGACUCGUUUCAGCGGGGCAGGUCUCUUCCCUCAGCUCCCUGACGUGCCCUUUGGAGGGGGCCUUCCCGGGAGGCUGUCCAUGUCUCGGCCGUCCGCGGUGGUUCCUGAGCCCUCGCGGCUCUCCCCCUGGCCCUCGCUGGGGCCCUCUUUCCUGCUGCCAGCCCCAGCGGCCGAGGCCACUGUACGGACGGUGGGGGCUCGACGCCUGGGGGGCCCUGUAGCCCCAGAGAACUCAGUCACACUGGGGAAGGGCCGUCUGCUGAUGGAUGCAGCUCUGUUCACGGGCCGGUCGUUCCGGGUUGGCUGGGGUCCAGGCUGGACUCUGGUCCACUGUGGAGACAGGCUGAGUGGGGCUGGGGACAAGGAGCAGGACCAGGGAGACGCAGGAGCUGGAAGUUUUGGAUUUUUGCCUAAACAUGCCAAGAGCAAACGACUCUCAGACAGUCCGUUCAAGGUAGUGAUCGAGCAGGUGGUUGGUCUGGAGCCGCGGGACAGUGAGGAGAGCCAGGCGGUGUACCAGCGGCCCCUGGAGAUUGGCCUGAAGCACAGCACCAUCAGUACAGAGGGGGCCUGCCCCUUCAUCCAGCCCCAGAGUGGGGUGGCCGCCUUGCACGAGUACGUGGAGUGGAUCACUGACCUCAACCAGGAGGCUGGUGCCGGAGACGGGGUCUUGGCUCACUGGGCUCUGGUGUGGACUCUGUGUGAGGCCCUGUGGGGUCGGCUGGGUACGCCAGAGCCAGAGCCUGGUACCAGCGGCUACCUGCAGCAGCUGGAGAGGAGGAGGAGCUUCUCAGCCUGGCUGUCCCACAGCGCCACCCAGAGGAUUGAGCAGGAGGUGGGCCUGAGUCAUGGGGGAGGACAUGUGGAGGCCAUCUUCAGCUACCUCACUGGACACCGCAUCAGUGACGCCUGCAGGCUGGCUCAGAAGAGUGGGGACCACCGCCUCUCCCUGCUGCUGUCCCAGGCGGUGGGCUCUCAGUAUGGCCGGGAGCUGCUGGCGCUGCAGCUUGGAGAUUGGAACAGAAUGCAGACAGACUCAUUUCUGCAGGAGGAGAGGCUACGCAUCUUCGCCCUGCUCGCCGGGAAACCUGUGUGGCAGUCUACAGACUGUGUGGUGAACGUGUGUUCAGAGCUGGACUGGAAGCGUUGCGUGGCGGUUCACCUGUGGUACAUGCUUCCUCCCACUGCCUCCAUCGCUGACGCCCUGGCCAAGUACGAAGCCGCCUUCCAGGGCUCUGCAGAGGGUCAGAAGUACGCCUGCGCUCCCCUGCCCCCCUACCUUGACCAAUCAGUCCCGCUGGACAUGGAUGAAGAAGAGUCUAAACGGCCACUCUACGACAUCUGUUUCCACCUGCUCAAACUAUACAGCGACAGACACUACAGCCUGCAGGAGUUGUUGGACCCGCUGACGGUGACGUGGGAGCGUCUGGACUACCGUCUGAGCUGGCACCUGUGGUCGGUCCUGCAGGCGCUGCACUACACACACCUGAGCCCCGCCCGACAGGGCCUCAUACACACCAGCUACGCUGCCCAGCUGGAGAGCGCUGGCCUCUGGGACAUGGCCAUCUAUGUACUGCUGCACAUAUCUGAGGAUAUGCUCCGUGAGCGUGCGGUGAGGGAGAUGCUCCAGCUGCACUGCCCUUUGCUGGAGACGGAGGAGUCUGCCCAGAAAGAGCGCUUCCUCACAGAAAGACUACUGAUCCCAGAACAGUGGCUCCACCUGGCCAAAGCUACUAGAGCCAGAAGAGAGACAGACAGACACAGAGAGGCCCUGCACCUGUACAGAGCAGGCCACUGGAACCUCUGCCACAGGCUGGUCAUACAACACCUAGCUUCAGAUUGUAUCAUCAAUGAUAACCAUGAGUACUUGUUGGAGUUCUUGGAGGGGCUGGCUGUUCCAGAGCGCUGUGCUGUGAUCCAGGACUGGGACACGGCAGGCAGAGUCUACCUGGACUACAUCAGAGUCAUACAGACCUUACACGCCAUACAACAGAUGGACAGUGCUGGUUAUAAGCUGGAACGUCUACACACCGAGGUGACAUCACUCUGCAGCAGGAUAGAGCUCCUCCCCUGCUCCACUGCCAAGGACCGCCUCGCCCAAUCAGAGAUGGCCAAGCGCGUGGCUAACAUCCUGCGUGUGGUGUUGAGUCUGCAGCAGGGUGGUGAGGGUGGCGAGAUCCCCUUGUCCCAGCUAGCGCCCCACAUCGGCCGUCUGCCCAUGCCUGAGGACUAUGCCCUCGAGGAGCUCCGCAGCCUCACCCAAUCAUACCUGAGACAGCUCAUUGUCAGCUAAUGAUCUUCCCCCGAACCUUCAGCCCCCCGCCCAAUAGGAACUGAGGUAGUUUGUUGGGAGCCAAUGAGAACAGUGGGGGUAGGAGGGGACUAUCUGGCACUGUUUAGGACUACUGGGGUUGAUUGAGAUAGGAGGGGAAGUUUGGUUGAGAAGGCAGCGAUGGACUUGCGGUGUAUCCCAUGCUCCUUUGGGGCUUUGGUUUCUCCUGAAGAAAAUGGCACAAGAUAAUUGGAUGAAGCAUUCCUCCGUUUGUGUGUGUGUUUGGAAAUGAAUGACUUGUAAGUUGUUUUCUUUCAUUAUGUUUUUGUAUAGCUUUUUUGUACUUAGGAGGCCUGAGAUGUGUGUUUGUGUAUGAUGUGCAUUUAAAUAUUAAACUGCUGAACCAUCCUGAUAAGAGCUCUCUUCUCCCGACCCUGUUUAAAGGGACACUCACUCACUGGCUGGUGUUAACGCUGUCAUCCUGCAAUUCAUAUUUCCAGUAUAAAUACUACAUGCAAACUACAUGUUUGACUCCUACAUCCCCAUGGAAACGGAAAGUUUAAUUUAGUAAAGAUUGUUUACCAGGAUUUUGUUAGUGAGCGGAAUUGCACUCACCUGAUGAACUCUCAAUAUGUGUAUACAUAGGGAAGAUCUAUCUAGCUUAAAAUGGAGACUCAUUUUAGUGAUGUAAUCUUGUACAAACAGCCUGCUUGAAGUGAACAACUUGUUUUUGCGUACCAAAAGAGAAUGUAAAAUGAGAUUGGAUAAACUUCUAUUUUUGUAUUUUAUUUUUGGGGGCUGAAAACUAGAGUGUGAGUCUAUUGGAAUGGAGAUGGUUAGAUUCCAUUCUCUAUCUCAAAUAUAUGGUUUCAUAUUUCUAUUGUAUGGGGGACUACCAGAGCUAUGUUUGUUCCUUGGUGUUGCUAGGUUUUUAUUUUUCUUGUAAUCAGCCAGCCGGGACAGUUUCUCUGUGGUCCUUGCAAGGAGUUUGAUUAAAAAUAUAAUAUUUCAAAUAUAAUUUACAAUUCCUUGGGGUCCUUGGUCUCACCUUCACUCACACACGCUCCAUUUUCUCAACCUCCAUUCCCCCUUACACCCGGUUUUUCUGUUUUUUGAUGUUUAAAGUGAAACUGAUGUAUGUAGUUAUUGUUUGGUGUGUGCUGCCGCAGUAUGUUUGGCGGGAGACCGCUCCCCGCGCGCACAGUGCCUUUCACGAGGAGGGUCUCCGGACUUCUGUUACCGCCGUUACUGUGCAUGAUUGUGAUGACGGUGAUAACGUUUUUAUUAAAGUCUGAAUAAAUUGUUUGUCCUGAA